UCUCACAAUCACAGAGAAAAAAAAAACCCAUAACGAUGGCUUCUUCGUCUUUCUUUCCUUCUUCGUCUUCCUCUGCCAUGACGACGAAGAAAACCACCAAAGCUUCUCAACUCCGAGCAACACUCUUUCAGAAAGCUUCUUCUUUGAAAGCCACGAGCUUAGCUAACAGACAAGAAACCGUCUUCAGGAAAGCUAGGGAGCUUUCAAUCCUCUGUGGAGUCGAGGUCUGCGUCAUCUAUUACGGAUCAGACGGGGAGCUUAGAACAUGGCCCAAGGACAGAGAGAAGGUCAAAGACUUGGCUCUAAGGUACAGCCGAUUAAGCGACGUGAAGCGACACACUAAACAACAUGAUCUCGACACGUUUCUCGAGGAGAUUGAUGAUCCCAAGAAUAAGAAGAAAGUGAAACUUGAUUCCGGUUACAAGUAUCCGGAUUGGGAUCCGAGGUUUGAUAACUUCUCUGCGGAGCAACUCACGGAGCUGAUACAGUCCUUGGAGCGCAAGCAAGCCGUAAUGCAACAUAGGCUUCGAGCGGUUCUUGAAUCUCAGAGACAGAGGAGUAUGCGUUACAUGAAUCAAGAACAGAUGCAGAUGAAUCAUCUUCAACUCCCUAACCAAGCUCAAUCUCUGGCUCCCCUUCCAAAUUCACUUACGGUAUACCAGUAUCCGAAUAUGGAGACGUACCCGAGGUUACUUGGUGCGCAAGAUACUGGGAUGAAUGGGUCUCUAGGCACGAACAUGUUACCCUACAAUGGGUCUCUAGGCACGAACAUGUUACCCUACAACAGCUUCAACACUAACUGUGUUGAUAUGUUUCCAAACCAGUUUAAUCAGAACUGUUCCAAAGUCGAAGUCUUUCCUCAAGGAACUGGGAUCAGCAGCAUGAAAGUGGAAGAUUAUACCGGGCCAGUUUGGGCCCAAGGAAGUGAGAUUAACGGGUUGCAGAACAUGGACAUGUACCGUUACAACAACAACAAUAACAGUAACACCAAUGGUUUCUCACAUCAGCUUGUUCAGUUUCCAGCACAGAGAGCAGCAGCACCCGUUUAUCAGUGUAUGGAUGGGUCAACACAAAAUAACGUACCUACUCAGAUGAGAUUUAAUCUCUCGCAAUGUCUCUAAUACCUUAGAAGCAUACAUAUUUUUGUUGGUUUGAUGAUGCAAUCAUCAGUUUUAAAACAUUUAUGCUUUUUUCAA